GCCUCGGAAGGAGUGAUACUUAGUAGUGGGAGGGGGAGGAAUAGGCAAAGCAAAGUGUAUUGCCUUGAAGUGGUAGUGAGAGGAAGCACAGUGCUAUGUAGCACAUCUUAAGCUGCUCUGCACAACCCAGCAUCUACUGGUCUGAACCUCUCAUCCCCUACAAGGAAUUUCUACAACUGGCCAACCGCCUUGAUUUGAGCAAAUUUUUCUUUAUGUAUUUUCUUCCUUUUCUCCUAUUUUACUUCUACUUUGUCCUCUGCACCUCCUAUUCCCCUCUCUACUCUGUCCUCUUUACCCUGUCAAGCCUACAACCUUGCUGGGAGAAUUUCAGCUGGUAAGAACCUGGGAGGAUAUUUUGGGGACUUUUUCUGGAAAACGUUCCAUCUCCCGGUGGAAGCGCCAAGGACUGUGAUGUGCGGCUACUAGCCCCCCCACAUUGGAAGCAGAGGCUUUGAUCUCCAGAGGAUAGCUACCGUCUUCCCUUUUUAAGGCUGUUUUUCUUCUGAAGAUGCUUCAACUUUUCCUCAUCACGUUUUUUCCUGGGCUGCUAAGUUCUACAUCUUCGGCUUUCUCUGGACAGCAACAGCAUCCGAUUCCUGACCCUUGCUAUGACGAACACGGCCUACCUCGUCGCUGUGUACCAGAGUUUGUUAAUGCAGCUUUUGGAAAAGAGGUUCAAGCCUCCAGCACAUGUGGGCGUCCAUCUACCCGGCAGUGUGAUGCCUCUGACCCAAAGCGAGCCCACCCGCCAUCCUAUCUCACUGACCUCAACAGCGCUGGUAACAUGACUUGCUGGAGGUCAGAAAGCUUCCCCCGCCAUUCUCCUCAAAAUGUCAGUCUAACUCUUUCCUUGGGGAAGAAGUUUGAGGUGACCUAUGUCAGCCUACAAUUCUGCUCUCCUCGACCUGAAUCUGUGGCCAUCUACAAAUCUAUGGAUUAUGGGAAAACUUGGGUACCCUACCAAUUUUACUCUUCCCAAUGCCGUCGACUGUAUGGGAAACCUAGCCGUGCCAGUGUUACCAAACAAAAUGAGCAAGAGGCAUUGUGCACAGAUGGGCAUACGGACCUUUAUCCACUAACUGGUGGCCUUAUAGCUUUUAGCACUUUGGAUGGAAGACCUUCUGCCCAAGAUUUUGAUAGCAGUCCUGUUCUGCAAGACUGGGUUACUGCCACCGACAUUCGUGUGGUCUUCAGUCGCCCCCACCUGCAGGGGAAUAAAGACACUGAUGUAUCAGACGAUGGACCAGGUUAUUUUUACUCAGUUGGAGAGUUUCAAGUGGGAGGCAGGUGUAAGUGCAAUGGACACGCUUCUCGCUGUGGCAAAGACAAAGAGGGAAAAAUGGUGUGUGACUGCAAACACAAUACAGAGGGGCCAGAAUGUGAUCGGUGCAAGGCCUUUCACUAUGAUCGACCGUGGCAGAGGGCCAAUGCUCGUGAAGCCAACGAGUGCAUGGCUUGUACCUGUAACCUGCACGCUCGCCGUUGUCGCUUCAACAUGGAACUGUACAAGCUGUCUGGAAGGAAGAGCGGAGGUGUGUGCCUAAACUGCCGGCAUAAUACAGCAGGCAGGCAUUGCCAUUACUGCAAAGAGGGCUUCUACCGGGAUGUCAGCCGACCCAUCACCGACCGAAGAGCCUGCAAAGCUUGUGACUGUCAUCCAGUGGGGGCAGCAGGGAAGACCUGCAAUCAGACCACUGGACAAUGUCCAUGCAAAGAUGGUGUGACCGGACUAACAUGUAACCGAUGUGCCAAAGGAUAUCAGCAAAGUCGUUCACCCAUUGCUCCAUGUAUCAAAAUCCCAGCAGUGGUCCCUACUCCAGCCCUCACCAGCACAGAGGAGCCAGCUGAUUGUGAACAGUACUGCAAGCCUCCAAAAGGAAACUAUAAAAUCAACUUGAAGAAAUAUUGCAAGAAAGAUUAUGUGGUUCAAGUGAACGUCUUGGAGAUCGAGAUGGUUGGAUCUUGGGCAAAGUUCACUAUCAAUAUCCUUUCUGUAUACAAGUGCCGAGAUGACCGAGUGAAACGAGGAGACAACGUGUUGUGGAUCCACAUCAAGGAUUUGUCCUGCAAGUGCCCAAAGAUCCUGCUGAGCCGCCGAUACUUGGUGAUGGGCAGCAGCGAGGGUCAAGGAGACAGGCCAGGAAUAACAGCUGACAAAAACAGCAUGGUGAUUCAGUGGAGGGACGCUUGGACCAGGCGUCUGAGGAAACUCCAGCGCAAAGAAAAAAAAGGAAAAUGUGUCAAGCCAUGAGGGUUGUUCAGAAAUGAGAACUGUGAUCCUGUACAUAUGCAAUUUAUAAUGUUCUGGACAAUGGCCGUCUCCAAAGUUUGGAGGUCUAACUAAGAGCUGGGGUGCUCUUAGAUCCACGUACAUGGAAGGAGGUUUCUUUUCAAGACUUUAGUAGAGUCUCUCUCACUGAAGCUAGAGUUACGAUGUUAAUAAUCCAUGAUUAGAUCUACAUGCCUUUCUUACAUGCUGGGACACAGUAUCAGCCACUACCUGUCCACCAACUAACCCCAAUGCACACUAGACACUAUCCCCUUUACUCAUGGGGCUCAGACCAGCUUACAGGCAAUACAAAUGCUCUUGGAAAAUGUAGGGUCAUCAUGAAAUUGUGACCUGGUGUCACUUGGUUACAAGGCCUUGCUUCUUCAAGUUAAGGCCUCUCUAAAAUGUUUUUGUCUUGGACACCCACUUAUGAUUGUUUUAUUUUUAAAAACCCAAUCAAAUUCUUAUGAACUUACAAACUUGAAAAAAUGUUAUGAGCCCAAAGUUCUUUUACCAACCAUCAUUCGUCCACACUGGGCAGCCUUUGUAAAGAUGCAGAAAUAUCAAGUACAUUAACAAAAGUUUCCCAGAUAUAAUUAUAACAUGAAUCCGUACUUCUUAUGAACUUCUAGAGGCCAAUUUUCAUGGAGACAUCAUUUUCAUGUUGCCGGUCUGGGAAGAUGCUGAAAGCUUUAUGAGUUUCAGGAAAUGUACCUGAGGUACAAACUAUAAAGACUUUUGCAAUAAAGCAGAACCUUACUAGAUGCUUUUCUGUUCAUUUCUCAGCUGUGUGAAGAAAAACAGCAGUAUCCUUGUCUACAUUAUCUUUCUAAAUUAUAAUAGUGUUGACCAAGAAAAAGGCGAAAAAAAAAAAAAGACUAUACCAUUACGGCCAUUUCCAUUUAAACCUAAAACUCAAACAAGAAGAAACUCAAAAUAAUCUCACUUGGCUUAAUGGCAAUUUUGUAACACUGUCUAAUUUAAUCUAAUCAACUAAUCUGCUAGUAAGAAGAACUGAUUCUUAUAGUACCUACAUUGCAGUUUAUCGCUGGUGGCCAAAUGUUGGGAAGACCUGCAGAGCCUUUUGUACAGUAACCAAACCUCUGCCAAACAAUAAACUGUUGUAAAUUCCUUCUGGACUUCUAAUGUUUUUAGGACAUGAAUGCUUCUCGAAUGUGUAAAAAAUAUUCCUGAUAUGCAACAUACUGUAACAUACAAGACUUUAUAUUAUCUAAUGUUGUAAUGUGUAAGACUGACCCUGCUCAUUGCUACAGAGUUACAGACUUGUGUGACGGUGAAAAGGCGACUAAUAUGAGUGAUGUGUAACAAUACCUGUGUCAUUAUAACCACCCUCAGUACAUUGAGGUACUGUCUGCUUAGUUAAAAAUUCAGUAUACAAUAUUUGCUUCGCAUAUCUAGGUAUUUUCAUUGUCCUGGAUUACUCCGUCCCUAUAUCUGUAAAAAGUUGAUUUGUCAGGUUGAGUCUAUAUAGUAAAGACAUGUUAGUAGA